AUGGCCUAUGAAUAUUUUGGAGACGUGGUCACAUUCGACACAACGUACAGGACAAACAAGUAUGAUAUGCCUUUUGCGCCAUUCACAGGAGUGAACCACCAUUGGCAGUCGAUACAGUUUGGUUGUGCACUUCUACAAGAUGAGACAGAGACUAACUUUUUGUGGUUAUUUGAGACAUGGUUACAAGCAAUGGGAGGUCGUCAUCCAAUUUCCAUUAUAACUGACCAAGAUUUGGCAAUGAAAGGAGCAAUUGCCAAGAUAUUUCCAAACACUCACCAUCGCUUAUGCCUUUGGCAUAUCAAGAAGAAGUUUGUUGAGAAGUUGUCCCAUGUGUACUACAAGAAAUCAAAAUUCAAAAAGGAGAUGAAGAAAUGUAUUCAAUUUACAUACAGGACUGAAGACUUUGAAGAUAAAUGGAAGACUUUAAUGACUGAAUAUGAAUUAGAAGAAAAUGAUUGGUUAAAUAAUCUUUAUGAGAUACGUACUUCUUGGGUGCCGGUUUAUCAUCAUGGAACCUUCUUUGCAGGAAUGAAUACUACUGGACGCAGUGAGGGAAUUAACUCUUUUUUUGAUGGGUUUGUUACAUCAACGACAAAUCUUAGAGAGUUUGUGGUUAGAUAUGAUCAAGCAUUGAAGAGGAUUAUAGAAAAUGAAAGUGAGGAAGACUUUGAGUCAGAACACAAGUUUCGAAUUGUGAAUGAUGAUGAAUUCCUUCUGAAAGAUGCAUCAAAGUUGUAUACCAGAAAUAUUUUCAACAAAUUCAAGGCACAAUGGAGUCAAAUUAAUCACUAUAAAGUUGAAGAAAGGGAACAUGACAAUGAAUGGCACUCAUACUUGGUGAAAAAAAGGCUCGGAGAACAUGAGCAAGAUUUUAUGGUGAAGUUAGAUUUGACGACUUAUGAGGGUUCUUAUUUCGAUUCAAUUGCAGCAAUUUCCAGGUCGUUUAUGGCGGAAGGAAAUUCAGAGGCGGAGGCUGGGAUUGAGAGGGGUGUGUACCUUCGUAAGAUUUCGGCGAAGUUGCGGGAGAGUGAUGCAGAUCAACGGCGGCGGCGGAGUGAGAAGGAGUGGGAGGAAACCUAG